AUGAAUACCAUAAGUUUAUGGAAGAAUACCUCUCCCUUGGACACAUGCAGCGUGUUCGAGAAGACGACGGACAGUAUUCCCAAGCAUACUACCUCCCGUAGCACCGCAUCACGAAGUGAAGGAAGCCAGCACAACGACGAAAGUACAUGUGGUUUUCGACGCCUCGAGCAAGACCUCUACAGGCUCAUCCCUCAACGAAGCUCUACUAGUAGGUCCUGUGGUGCAGGUCUAUUGACCAUUCUUCGGUUCCGUGGCAGAAUUCUGUGGCGAUCCGAACCGGCCGAUCCAAUCCAAUGCUAUGAGUUACUGACUGUUACUUAUGGUCUAAGCCCAUCAUCCUUUUUCGCCACACGCACGUUGCAACAGCUGGCUAACGAUGAAGGCGAUUCGUAUCCGCUGGCCGGACCCGCUGUUCGGAAGAGUUUCUACAUAGAUGACUUCAUCGGAGGAGCACAGUCCAUCACAGAAGCAAUCCAGUUAAGGACAGAACUCAGCGAACUCCUGGCCAAAGGCGGUUUUCCACUUCGAAAAUGGACAUCUAACCAACUAUCAGUGCUGGCAGGUCUGUCAUCCGAUGAAAUUGGUACCCAAUCGUCAAUCCAGUUUGACAAGCACGAGACGGUGAAAACAUUAGGAAUUUCCUGGAAACCUGAGCCUGAUAUUCUUCGCUUCUACUCCGAAAUUCGCCAACACAAGUAUGCACCAACGAAGCGAUCGAUCCUUUCGGCAAUCUCUCAACUGUUCGACCCAUUGGGGUUAAUAUCGCCAAUUGUCAUCAAGGGUAAGAUGCUAAUAAAACGUUUGUGGCUGGUACCAUGUGCUUGGGACGACGAGGUACCGAAUCAUAUAGCGACGUCCUGGGAGAAAUAG